ACCUUCAACACAACCAGCUCCUCUUCCAUCAUCAACUUAUCAAUAUCAACAACAACAAAAAGUUGCUUUUAGAAGAAAUUUAGAAACAACAAAUUCAUCUUCACUUGACAAUUUUUUAUCAAAUGAAAAUUUAACAAAACAAAAUGAUCAAUAUCAAACAAAAGAAAAUAUUCGAAAAGUUCCAUCAAAUAAUCGAUCAUCAUCAAAAACUGCAAUUCAUCGAACAACAACAACAACAACAACAACAACUAUGGAAUUAUUACCACCAAUUAUUUCUGGUAAACGUCUUCAUAUUCCAUUGGCGAAUCAUCGAUAUUUAUAA